AUGGAAGUUUACAUACUUGGCAAAGAUAAUAAUACCCCGCUUACACCCUCUUCUCCGAAUUCUUCCAAUAAAUUUUAUACAAACAAUGAUAGUGAAAUUUUGCCAACAAAACGGCCAAAAGUUAAGGAUAAUGAUGAUAAUGACGAUGAAAUUACAAGUUCACCUACUUCAUUAUUUUCACCAAAUAUAAGUGACGCAGAUAUUACUGAAAUAGAGAAAAAUAUAAUACAACUUUCAGAACAAUAUUCAUUUAAAAUCAAUCCACCACCUACUGAUAGACCGGUUCGCAUAUAUUGCGAUGGUAUAUAUGAUUUAUUUCAUUUUGGUCAUGCUAAGUCACUAAGGCAGGCCAAAAAUUCUUUCCCUAAUGUUACCUUAUUAGUCGGUGUGUGUGACGACGAAACAACCCACAAAAAAAAAGGGAAAACCGUCCUCAAUGAGUACGAACGGGCAGAAUCCCUGCGACAUUGUAAGUGGGUUGAUGAGGUUAUAGAGCACGCGCCGUGGACUAUAGAUCAAGAGUUUCUUAAUCUUCAUCGUAUCGACUAUGUCGCGCACGAUGACAUCCCCUAUGCUUCGGAAGAUUGUUCGGAUGUAUAUGCGUUCGUCAAAUCGCAAGGUAAAUUCCUCCCCACACAGCGUACGGAAGGUGUAUCAACGUCUGAUCUUAUAACUCGUAUAGUACGAGAUUAUGAUCAGUACGUCCGAAGGAACCUGGAACGAGGUGUCUCCGCUAAAGAAUUGAAUAUUGGAUUCUUGAAAGAAAAAGAGAUCCAUAUGAAAAAGUCCAUAUCAGAUAUUAAAACUUCAAUUCAUCAAAACUGGCACGGAACCAGAGUUGAGUUGAGCAAUAAUUUUUCAGAAUUGAAACAUGAUUUGGCCCAAACCUUUACGGAGUGGGAGGAGAGAAGUCAGGAAUUUGUAAGGGGGUUUGCCGGAAAAUUUGGUGCGGAAAGUGUUGUGGAUAAAAUUUUUCGGCGUCGAUCGCGUGGGACGUUAGCUAGUGGAUCGGAAAUUACUGAAGAAGAAUCAAAUAGAAAUGGUUCAUCGGAAGAAGAUCCAUUGCUACGUUCAAGAAGUGGUGUUGCUUUGGAUCACUUAAAAGUAGUUUUUACAUUAAUACUCACUUAUCCAUUAGCUUUAAUAUAUAAAAAUCUUAUAAUUUCAAAUAAUCAAAGUUUUAAACAUUUAUUUUCGAUUUCCUAUGCGAUCUUUGUAUUUUUUGCUAUCUUUGAUUUAACUGAAGCAUUUUAUGGAAUGCUACUUAGCUCCCUUUUGACAUAUGUAAUAAUGUAUAAUGUCAAAGGUGUUUGGGGACCAAGAAUAGUGUUUUUAUGUGUAUUGGGACAACUUAGUUUUAGUCAUAUAUCUCGACAAUAUGAAGAUUCAUCAGAUAAAUUUGAUUCGACUGGACCUCUAAUGGUUUUGGUCAUAAAGUUAACUUCUUUCGCAUUUAGUGUUUAUGAUGGACGAAGACCGAGUCAUGAAUUAUCUCCGGAUCAAAAACUUAAUUCGAUUCAAGUUAUGCCUUCAAUACUUGAAUUUUUAGGUUAUGUAUACUUCUUUGGUGGAUUUAUGAUCGGUCCAGCUUUUAAUUUCAUGGAAUAUCGACAAUUUGUUAAUCUGGAAAUGUUUAGAAUUGAAUCCGAAUGUUUAAUUAAUGGUGAUAUUAAACAUUUACAGCCACAAAAAUCUAUCAAUGGUAUCAACAAUAAUAAUAAUAUUAUUAUCAAGGGUGAAGAAAAUAUUCAAACAAAUGUUCAAACAAAUGUUCAAACAAAUGUUCAAGCGAAUAUUCAAACAAAUAAUAUUCAAACAAAUAAUAUUCAAACAAAUAAUAUUCAAACAAAUAAUAUUCAAACAAAUAUUCAAACAAAUAUUCAAACAUUUGCUUAUAAAAAAAAUGAUGAUGAAAUAAUUUCGAAAAUUCCAAAAUAUUAUUUUCCAAAUGGAUUUAUUCCUGCGAUGAGCAAAUUUUUAAAUGGAUUAUUUUGUAUUGCAUGCAUGAUCUCGAUUGGUAAUAAAUAUUCAUUCGAUUGGACUUUAAGUGAAGAAUUCAAAUCGAUCUCAUUUUUGGAUCGGUUUUUAUACAUACAAAUGGCAGCCCUUUGUGCACGUUUUAAAUAUUACAUUGUUUGGUUAAUAGCAGAAGGAGCUUGCAUUCUUUCAGGAUUAGGGUUUAAUGGUUAUGAUGAAAAAGGAUGCAUAAAAUGGGAUCGUGUAACAAAUAUUGAAAUUGUUGCAUACGAAUUAGCUGAUAACAUUAGAUCCUUGUUAGAAACUUGGAAUAAGAAAACAAAUCAAUGGCUAAAGAAUUAUGUAUAUCUUAGAUUAACUCCACUAGGAAAAAAACCAACUUUUUUUUCGACUUUUACUACUUUCGUAACAAGUGCUAUAUGGCAUGGAUUUUAUCCUGGAUAUUACUUGACGUUUGUUUCCGGAGCUUUUGUCCAAAGCCUUCAUCGAAAACUUCGUCGUCACGUUCGUCCAAUUGUCUUAACACCAAGAUUCGCCCACCUAAAAUUUUUAUAUGAUUUCUUAGGGUGGCUGGCCACUCAAUCAAUUAUAAAUUAUUUGGUUAUUCCAUUUAAUUUACUUACAUUGAAAAAUUCACUUUAUGUAUGGAGUAAUUUAUACUUUUGUGGACAUUUGGCAAUUCUUUUCUCCCAUAUUGCUUUCUUUCUGGGCGCAGGAAUAGUUUGUAAAAAAAUUGUUUCAGUUGGUGGCGGUUCUGUUGAAACAGAGGAAGUUAUGGUGAAAAAGAAGAAAAUUUUUAUUAGUAAACAUUAA